ACAACUUUCACUAUCCAAAGUUAGACUCACCAAAAUUUUUAAUGAUUUGGAAGAUGAAUCAGAAAACUACAAACCAAUUCCUCCUAUUCCGAUCGCUCAAACUCAAUCAAAAGAACUUCCACAAGCUCUACAAGAAAUUCGGAAUAACCAAGAAGCUUGGAAUAAUCAAGAAAUUCGAAAUAAUCAAGAAUAUGAGAAUAAUCAAGAAAAUCAAUAUAUUCAAGUUCCCGUUGAAACGAAAGUUAAUUAUUUUAUUGGUGACAAUAGUGAUUCAACAAAUAAAGCAAAUUCUGGAUUCUCUGUUAACAAUGUUAACAAAUCUAAUGAUUCAUCUUGGUCAUAUUCUACUCAAAAUUUAUAUCAAAAUCCCCCUUCGAAUCCUCAGGUAAAUUUACAACAAAAUAAUUUACCGCCGCCGCUGUCACAAGACCUUUCAUCAAUUGAAUUUAAAGAAUUUUCUCUAAUAUUAUUGAAUUAUGAUACACAAUCAAUUUCUUCCAAUUCCAUUAAUAAUUCAUCCACCACUUCACUAUUUACUUUACAAGACCAGCAAUCCACUAUUAAUAUCUCUUCUGUAUCAUUGGUUUCUAAAAAUAUUAAUAAUGGUGAUUCGUUUUCAGAUGAAAAUAAAUCAAUGAAUGAUGAAACUUCAGAUAUUGUGAUUACAGCGAUAAUUUAA